GUUCUAAACAUUCCUGUUGUCUGUGUAUUCUAGAGAUUCUCAUUACAUUUCCCUGAUCCGAAUAGAAAUUCCCCAAGUACAUAAUCUUUCACGCUUAGACUUCUGUUCCACAUCCCGUUUCUUUCCAAAGGAACUGGAAUAUCUCAACACGACCAUGAAAUUACUUGAUAUAUAUCGAGAUGUCCUAACUAUGAUUGUCGAGGAUCUUCACGAAAGCUAUUCGCCGUUCGAACUUGAUCAGAGCGUGUAUAGUCUGGCACUAACAUGCAGACAAUUUUACCGAAUGUGCGAACCUCUUCUCUGCUCCCGAUACAACAACAAAGACCAUGACAUUGGCAGGGUCAGUAAAUUUAUUAGAAUGCUCAUAUCGCGGCCAGAUCGAUGGCCUGACUUCAAAUUCGUUUCGAUUGGGUGGGAUUACGGAUGGGAUCACAGAUACUUCGGUAUUUUCUUGACUAGAGAUGAACACAUUGAUAUGCUCGCAGAUGUUCCGUUCUUGAAAACUAAAAUAGAUCUACUCCCAGCCGAACUUCACAGGUUACAGAACCGGACAGAUGGCAAGAUUAGAGAGGAAGAGAAAAGAGAGCCUCACACAACAUAUGUGACGGAUCUUGCAGAAGCAUUCAAACGACUACUAGACGUGGGUGAUCCUCAGACCUACGCUACGUUACUGGUAUACAUGUUCAAUAUUCUGAGCCUUUACAUACAAAAGCUCCAUAUUAAGAUAAAUGGUUCGGAAGGAAUAAGUUCAAGUUUUUGGCGCUCAGAAAUCUUCACAGAGGCAAAUUCUCUCAAGUUCGUCUCACUUGAAGAGCUUCACUACGUUGCUGUGGAUUCCUGGGAAUCAAUGCCGAGAGAGGUCGUUGCCACAACAACACUACGUUUAGAAGAGCUCGAUAUCUUGAUGAAAAUACCUACCCUGAAGAAGUUGAAGGUCGAUGGCUUUGCAUUCGAAUCAGAGUGGCUCUAUAUUUGGGUCGAGAGACCGAGAUCGUGUGCGGUGGAAUCUCUAGAUCUCAUGUAUAACUUUAAUGUCAAAUUUGUACAGUGGGAAAUCUUCUUGGCCGUAUUCAAGAAGUUAAAGCAUUUCUCAUACUAUGGAAAUUCAAGGGAUUUAAAUCGUGGAGGAAGGCGGCGCAAUGUUGCUUCAGUCACUCGCCAUUUUCUUGGCAGUCUUAUGGAAGGCAUCUUUUUGCAUAGAAAUAGCUUGGAAUCUCUAUCUUUGACGGGAAUCCAUAGGUCGGUAUAUGACCAUAAGUACCUCGAAAUAUCGACUACCCCUGGCUUUACACAGUUGUUUUGUUUGAAGCACAUGAAGAUACAGCUGGAUUUAUUGGUCGGUGUGGAGGGUAAUUCGGUUGGUUUCCAAUUACAUGAACUUCUGCCGGAAUCGCUAGAGACUCUGGAAUUGUGGUCUCAAACUAGCAUUGAAUACAUGACUCUCACCGAGAACUUAUCUGGGUUGAUGAUACAUAAAAAGAAAUUUCCAGGUUUUUCAUUGAGAGAGGUGAAAUUCGGAUACGCGGUCGAGAAACUUCAGGUUGAGGAGACUUGGAAAAAUAAUUUGAUCAAGGAUCUUGGGGAGAAUGGGAUUCAUUUGAUGUUUGUUGGUCUUUCAAGAGAAGAUGUUUGAUGGGUCCAUAAACCCGAGAGUUCUAGCUUGUUGAACGGACAGAGUAUGGGAAGAUGGAGCAUAAGCUAAACUAUCGUACGAAGUAUGGAUAAAAAGAGCAUAACUCAGAGAAUUAUGGAUGAAAACAACAUAGAUAGAGGCAUUGUGGGUGGUAAAAGGCCUGCGGCUAGAAGAGAUAUAGAUAAGGAGGGAGUAUAAUGGCACACUUCUGCCACAUAAUUAUCAAACCUCAAUGUCUCCCAUGACAGAGCCUUUCAAAUUCUCCAGCAUAUCGUUAAUGUCAAAAAAACAAAGGAGCACGGUGAAAUCCUUCAUGGUGUGAUCUAUCUCA